GGAUAGAGUCAUUGACGGUGUCAUAACCACCUAGACCCCACCAAGAAAACACACUCAAAAACAAAAGCCUUCCAUUGAAUUUCACGUAAAUAAAAGUCUUCUCCUCUUCUUCCUCUUCGUUUCUCUCUUUUUCUUCCACUAAUGGCUUCUGAUUAGGCGUAAAAUUUCCAAACCCUAGCUUUUUGCUCUUCAUCUAUAUCCCAUACUUAUAUACGUAUACAUAAUAUAAAAGGGUACUAUAGUAAAUUGAAGGAAUCGAGGCGAUUCGAAGGGGAUCUGAGGAUUUCCCUGGAUCUGCUCUAGGGAUUCCGAUUGAAUGUGUUGCUUUAAAAUUACUUUAAGGGGCCUACUUAUAUCUGCUUGAUAUAUGAUGGCCAUUCCAAUGGAUAACAGUUUAGAUCAUUCGUCGCGGGAACGCGUUCAGCGCCUCUUCAAUAAGAAUGCGGAGUUGGAGAAUAAGCGUAGAAAAGCAGCACAAGCAAGAGUUUCUUCUGACCCGAACGCAUGGCAACAAAUGCGGGAAAACUAUGAAGCUAUCAUCCUUGAAGAUCAUGCUUUUUCUGAACAACAUGAAAUAGAAUAUGCCUUGUGGCAGUUACAUUAUAGAAGAAUUGAGGAACUCCGUGCACGCUUCAAUGCUGCACUAGCUUCAAAUGGAUCAACCACUUCUCAGAAUGGGAAAGGUCCACCUCGCAGUGGGCCAGAUAGCAUCACAAAGAUUCGCACACAGUUAAAGACUUUUCUCUCAGAAGCAACUGGAUUUUAUCAUGAUUUGAUGGUGAAGAUCAGGGCAAAGUAUGGCCUGCCACUAGGAGGUUUCUCUGAUGAUCCAGAGAAUCAGAUUCCUUCUUUUAAGGAUGGCAAAAAACCUAUGGAGUUGAAGAAAGGCUUGAUAUCCUGCCAUCGUUGUUUGAUUUAUCUGGGUGAUCUUGCUCGGUACAAAGGCUUAUAUGGUGAGGGUGAAUCUAAAGCUCGCGACUUUGCAGCAGCAUCAAGUUAUUACCUGCAAGCUUCUUCACUUUGGCCUUCAAGUGGCAAUCCUCAUCAUCAGCUUGCAAUACUGGCUUCCUAUUCCAGUGAUGAGUUGGUGGCAAUCUAUCGGUAUUUUCGUAGUCUUGCAGUAGAGAAUCCUUUUACCACUGCAAGGGACAACUUAAUCAUUGCGUUUGAGAAGAAUCGUCAGUGUUACUCCCAGCUGCCAAGGGAUGCUAAGGCUUUGUUCAUCAAGGCAGAACCUUCACGUACAACUGGAAAAGGACGAGGUAAAUGUGAAACAAGGAAGCCUCUGAAAGAUGUAAAGGUUGAAGCAAGUUUACCCAAGGAAAAAGCUUCAAGUAUAUCUGAAAUCUUCAAAACCUUCAGGAUGGGAUUCGUUCGGUUGAAUGGUAUCCUCUUCACACGCACUAGCUUGGAGACGUUUGAAGAAGUGCUGUCAUCGGUUAAAGCUGAUCUGCUUGAGCUUCUCUCUUCUGGGUCUGAUGAGAAGUAUAAUUUUGGUUUAGAUGCUGCAGACUGCAGACUGGCAAUUGUCAGGCUCGUCGCCAUCUUAAUAUUCACCAUCCAUAAUGUGAUAAGGGAAAGUGAUAAUCAAUCAUAUUCUGAGAUUCUACAGAGAUCAGUUCUUCUACAGAAUGCAUUUACUGCUGCUUUUGAGUUCAUGGGUCAUGUGGUUGAGAGAUGUAUCCAAUUAAAUGAUCCCUCAUCUAGCUUCUUAUUGCCCGGUGUUUUGGUUUUCGUAGAAUGGUUGGCGUGCCAUCAAGAUAUUGCACUUGGUAAUGAAUCAGAGGAAAAACAAGCAAGGGCUAGAUCUUUUUUCUGGAAGAACUGCAUCACUUUCUUUAAUAAGCUCUUGUCGACUGGGUCUAAGUUUGUCGAUGAAGAUGAAGAUGAAACAUGUUUUUUCAAUAUGAGCAGGUAUGAUGAAGGUGAGAGUGGUAAUCGUCUUGCGUUGCCGGAAGACUUUGAACUUAGAGGAUUUGUUCCUCUUCUUCCAGCUCAGCUUAUCCUUGACUUCUCAAGGAAACAUUCUUUUGGUGGUGAUAGUGGAAGUAAAGAGAAGAAGGCACGUCUUCAGAGGAUGAUAGCAGCUGGAAAGGCUCUUGCUAAUGUGGUCCGGGUUGGAGAAGAGGGAAUAUAUUUUGACACCAGGGGAAAGAAAUUUGUCAUUGGCCUUGAGCCCCAAGCUUCUGAUGAUUAUCAACUUAAUGGCUCCAGGGAAGUUACUAAAUUAAGUGGUAUUGAACUGGAAAGUCCAGAUGCUGGACUGUUGAAUGUCGGAGAUCUGCAGCCAAAACAGCAAUUGUAUGUGGAAUGUGAGGAAGAAGACGAAGUUAUCGUUUUUAAGCCGUCAGUGAUGGAAAAAGUGAAUGGCAUCUCUUCAAAUACAAUGACCUUAGCAGUUCCUGUGUCUGUUAUUAGCGCUGCCAGUGUUCCUUCUGGUGUUAGCAUGGCUUCUGUUAAUAUCUGUAGUGAGAUGGGGCCAUUUUCAUCUGCACUUGAGGGAUUGAGCUUGCAGAAUGCUUGGAGUACAAAUGUAAGGCAGCCAACAAGCAUUGCUCAUACCAAUACCCAAUAUGUGCAGCCAAUCCAAACAAGUGCUUCCAUGUGGUCUGUAGAGCAAGAUGCUGUUAUGAAUGGAUUGGUGGGGGGCCUUAACUUGAUGGGAAAUGGGCUAACUGCAGAACCUGAGUUGCUAAAUCAUCCAGAAAGGGUUCCACCUGCAGCAUAUUCAGUCCCUUUACCCCGGUCUGUGAAUUUUAGCACUGCGAAUAAUAUUCAUGUCCAGGUUCCAGAAGCUGCUAUACCAUCUACCUUCAGUUCACUUACAUCCUCAGUAGCUGGUUCAGAUAGCUUGUCAAUAAAAUCUUCAUCAGUUAUCUCGACAGGAAUGAAGAAAAAUCCAGUGAGCCGACCUGUUAGGCAUCUGGGUCCACCUCCAGGGUUUGGUUCUGCUGCUUCGAAAGUAGAUGACUCUUCAUCUGCUUUGACCUUAAAGAAUGAAAACAAUCCCAUCUAUCGUAUGGAUGAUUAUAGCUGGUUGAAUGGAUAUCAGUUACCUUCAACACAUCAGAGCAUUGGUUACAAUAACUCUCACAAUCAAUCAACACAAACAUACCACUCUGUGAGCAACAGUGGUAGCGUAGUUGGGAUGGUUAGCUUCCCUUUCCCUGGGAAACAGGUGCCCUCUGUGCACAUGCAGUCAGAUAUUCAGAAAGCAAAUCAACAAUCUGUUGCACUGCCUCAGCAGUAUCGAGGACAGUCCCUGUGGCAAGAUCGUUACCUUGUGUGAUGGAUAGGGAGACUAGAUGGUUAACAAUUACUGAGGAGAAUGUCCUCUAGCCUGUUGCUACGAAGUUCAACCAUCUUAUUGCAUUGUGGCCAAGGUUAUUAUGUUUUUUAUUGCAGCAUGGAUGGUCUUGGAAUGUUGCAGGCACUCGCUGUUGAGCAGUUGUGGGUUUGGUGCAGCUUGUGCCGAGCUAUUCAAACUGGUUGAGUAGAGACCGAUGUCAGUAGGUGCUGGAAUUGGGAGCUUUCAAAUUAAGAACCUUGACUUGGUUGGAUCGAUUUUUAUGUGGCCGAGAGAUCAGGCUGUGUGGUGGAUAGCUGGUUGGAGCAGAAGCAACAGUAAAUCAACCCGGUUUAAUGAUCUCAAAAAGAGUUGUGACAUACCAUGAUGAGCAACUUCCUACUAUUAAACGUUUACGGUAGAUGUCUUGGCAGUUCCCGUGUCUGACUUUGAAGUUCUGAGGGUAUUUUGCGUAUCCUGAAGAAGGAUUUGUUGUCGGAGUACUUGUGGAUUUAGAUGGAAAUAAGUAUAUAUCGUGAAAGCUUCUGACUAUCUAAACUUUUCCUGUUUGUUGCAGUGGCAAUCAUCUUGUUUGUUAUUUGGACUAUGUAUGCAAUUAUUCCAGUUACAAUUGCUGUGGCUGUGGUUGUGGUUGGAAUUUGGAUGAUUGAUAUUUUGUCAUCUUGAUGUUGGUGUUUCAUUUUUCCAACAAGGGAACCCUUCCUACU